GGCUCAAGGUACUUUUUCUGUUACGCAGCAGUGUUUCUGAAUCAAAAUGGGCAUUUAUCUACCGUCUACAUACGUACGUCUAUCUGAGUUGCAAAGAGGCCAUUGAUCAGGCCUUCGGAUCCUGUUCAAUUUCAUUUACGCUCUUCUACUAUACUGUCAGAAUCUUCUAUACACGAUUGAUUUGCAAAUUGAUCCUUCGGUUUGGUGGAUAACAGUGCGAUUUAGAUUUUCCUCUGGACAAAUGCUUGUCAAUCGAACUGUAUCCUUGAUAAUGUAACCUGCGUUUAUUCGUGUGAUGCUUAAAGAGUAUAGGCAUUUUCUGUCACAGUAAUUGGGUCACUCGAUGGCUUCUUGGUUGAAAGUGGCUGAAGAUUUAUUUGAAGUUGUUGACCGAAGAGCGAAGCUUGUGGUCGGUGAGAAAUCAGAUGAUUUGCCUGUUCCCACCUCAGGUUCUAAUGGACAAGGAUCUAAACCAAAGAGGGGUAGGCAAAGAGCGAAGCCCCAGAGUAAUCUCUCAUCCAAUGAAGCUCCUGCUGCUGCCAUAGACAUUGAAAGAGAAAAUGCUAUACCUGAAACCACACAUUCACUAGAAGAACCUGAUGGAAGUAUUCCAGUGGCGGUGAUUGAAAAUAAUGAAAGUAAUCCGAGUAGUUUUGGCAAAAUUGACGGCGACGAACAACAGAAAGCUGAUAGUGAGGAUGCUGUAACGGAGACAUCUCAAUUUGGAUCAAUAUCUAAUAAUGACACCAAACCAGUGGGUGAUCAUAUGAGUGAAGAUGCUUGCACUAAGGCAGAAGGAAUGGCUGCAAAUGCCGAUGAGAUCGUCAAUGGUGAUCUCUCGAUUAAAGAAGUUCCAGAUCACUCACCUGGAAGUCAAUCGAAUGCUGGAAAAGACGUUGAGGUUGUAAUUGGUGAUUCUCCUGUUGAUUCCAGUGAAACUACAAUGUCGGAAAACGAAGGUUCUUUAAAAAGUAGAGAACCUUUGGAAUCUCAAAGUAUAAAUGAAGAUGCAGUACUUAAGGUAGGUUCUCAAUCAGAAGAUGUUGAUUUAGUAACUGAAGCUGAUAUCCAGGAUAAGCAGCACCAAGAGGAAAAAGUUGUCAACUCUGCUGCAAAAGUACAACAGCAGCUUGAGGAGGCUCAAGGGUUACUGAAAAGUGCAAUUUCGACAGGGCAGUCAAAAGAAGCAAGGCUAGCCCGGUGCGUAGGUUCCCCUUAAGUCGCGAGACAGAACUUAACCAACUUAGGUAUAAGUCUUCCGAGCUUGAAGCAUAUUGCAUAUGGUUUGUGCUGGACUUUCAUCACGCCUGCAAGAGUACAAAUCUGAGAAUGCUCAAUUAGAGGAGCUUCUCAUGGCAGAGAGGGAAUUGACUAAAUCUUAUGAGGCUCACGUAAAGCAGCUUCAGAAGGAUCUGUCUGCAUCAAAAAGAGAGGUAAGCAGAGUUGAGGCAAAUAUGGCGGAUGCAUUGUCAGCAAAAAAUGCUGAGAUUGAAACCCUUGUUAGUUCGGUUGAUUCACUAAAGAAGCAGGCUGCUUUAGCUGAAGGGAAUUUGGCAUCGCUGCAGGCUAGUAUGGAGUCUACAAUGAGAAACAGAGAACUAACUGAAACAAGAAUGAUGCAAGCCCUGAGGGAAGAACUGGCUGCUGCUGAGCGAAGAGCUGAAGAAGAGCGUUCUUCACAUAAUGCUGCAAAGUUGGCAGCUAGAGAAAGAGAAGUAGAAUUGGAACAAAGGGCUAUUGAGGCAUCCACGGCCUUAGCGAGAAUCCAGAGGACGGCAGAUGAUAGGACUUCAAAGGCAGCCGAACUUGAACAAAAAGUAGCACUUCUGGAGGUUGAAUGUGCAUCCUUAAAUCAAGAACUGCAAGACAUGGAAGCUCGUUUCCGUCGCGGACAGAAGAAGUCUCCUGAUGAUGGAAGUCAAGCUAUUCAGGUGCAGGCAUGGCAAGAGGAAGUGGAGCGUGCACGUCAAGGUCAGAGAGAGGCUGAGAGCAAGCUUUCUUCAAUGGAGGCCGAAGUUCAAAAAAUAAGGGUUGAAAUGGCUGCAAUGAAAAGGGAUGCUGAGCAUUACUCACGUCAGGAACACAUGGAACUGGAAAAACGGUAUCGCGAGCUAACUGAUUUAUUGUAUUACAAACAAACACAACUGGAAACUAUGGCCAGUGAGAAAGCCGCAUGUGAGUUUCAGAUGGAAAAGGAAUUAAAGCGUCUUCAGGAAACACAGUUGGAAGCAGAAAGAAAUAGAGCUUCUCGUCGAAUGUCAUCAUCUUGGGAAGAGGACACCGAUAUGAAAGGACUUGAGCCUCUCCCCUUACAUCAUCGGCACAUGGUUGGGGCUAGCUUACAGUUGCAGAAGGCAGCAAAACUUAUAGAUACUGGGGCCGUCAGGGCCACAAAAUUCUUAUGGCGGUAUCCUACUGCCCGGCAUGAAAUGAUGCCAGAACAGUAUUGCAAGAGAGUGCACCUUGAAUUGCCUGAUGUGAAAAUACUCCUGAUGUUGCCAGUGUUGGAGCAUAGAUGAGUAGGCUAGAGAACUGUUAAAUAGGCUGCUGAUGUACAGCUUUAGGAGGGAUUUUCCUUGUGAAGCUAGCAUCUUCGUCAAAAAUAUCGAGUUUGCACCUGUCAACUGAACCAUACAUGCUAUAAAGAUGAAUGCUUAGAAAGUAACCCAAUAGGUAGAGAUAUCAUAAUGGGCCAGCCUGUGGUCUGAGGGUACGAGAUCUGAAGUGCAACUGAUGAUUGUUUGACCGUUGCAAGGACUGCACAUACAACAAUGUCUGUUGCUACUUUGGGCAGUGGCUGGUGGUUUGAGAGUACAGAG